CGAAAAAAAAUGGAACUUUGAUGCCGUACCGACUUGCGAAUUCAAUUCCUUAUAAAACCAAAAGAUGAUUCUUCGGUCAUCAUCAUACGCCAGUUCAACGUACAUUCUUCCAUCGAAAUGUUUCAGCUAGUUGUUCUCAGCGCACUCGCCGUCAUCGGAACCCUUCCGAUAACCCGAGCUCAGAAUGGUCCGGAGGGUUGUGUCGCCGCCAGCUGCAGCACUUUCCAGCAGAUCAACACCCUGUACUGCCACGCCAAUCCGGCUUGGUUCUGCCAGUGUCGUCCGGGCUUAGGCAACGUCUGGAUCCUUCAGGUGAUGACCUGUCCCGAGCCGGAAACGGUGUUCAGUUUCCGCCAUCAGGUCUGUGUCCAUCCUUCGAUGCGGGACGAAGCCGAGUGCGACCCUGCCGGUGCCGGCGAUGGACCUGAUGACACCGACAUUGAAGACGAUGUUGACCGUGCCUGUGAGCUGGCUCCUUGUGGAACUUUCGAGGAAAUCAAUACCCUGACGUGCCAUCCGGAUGUGAAGCGAUUCUGCCAGUGCCGACCGAUUUCGACGCAGCCCGAGGAUCCCAAUAGGGGACUGUUCGUGGCGAUAGCGAUGCCUUGCGCUGAAGGGACUUCGUUCAGCUUCCGGCAGCAGACAUGUGCUCGCGAUGAACUGUGGGUCGACAGCUGUCCUCCGUGAACGUCUUUGGAUUCAAGUUUUGGCUAAUAAAUAAUGAAAUCAUGUUUUGGAA